AUGAACACUCCGAGACAGGGAGUAGACGCCGGCGACAAAAAUUAUGUGUCCGAGGUGAAGAGGAAUCCGCCUCAAACUGAUUGCACGUCUACUCCCAAACAUAUUGUGAGGCUCCUCCGGACCAAGGAGAGGCCUGUCGAAGAUCCAAUGUCCUCGAAAGAGAGCCAUCAUGCCCUAGGAAUGGGCCAUGGGAAAGAAAAUGAAGCCGAAACUCCGCCUAGCAACCAUGACGAAAAUUUUCGUACUACCAGCUCAACCAUCAUUGACAAUAAUGGUGCUUCUGGGGCUGAUGGAGACGGAAUGACGGAAUUGCAAGUAAAAAGCCUGGUGGGCCUUGCUCGCAGCAUGUCCCACGCCUCAGCCCAAAGCAGUCUAUGCGCACAGCACCCUAGCGGUGACAUCAACCCCUUCAUCGACUCUGAAUCCGACCCCGAAUUGAACCCUCACAAUGAAAAUUUUAAUUUGCGUAAAUGGAUGAAAUCCAUCCUCCGCAUUACUUCAAGAGACCCCGAGCGUUAUCCCCGUCGCACUGCCGGCGUUUCAUUCCGCAACCUGAACGUGCAUGGCUAUGGCACUGCUGCUGACUACCAAGCCGAUGUUGCAAAUGUUUGGCUGAAGGCGUAUGGAAUUGUAAAGCGCUUGGUCGGUUUUGAUGAAAAGGUCCGCAUCGACAUUUUGCGCAAUUUCGAAGGUUUAGUGAAGAGUGGAGAGAUGCUGGUCGUGUUGGGCCGUCCAGGGAGUGGGUGUUCAACCUUUCUUAAGACUCUAGCUGGUGAGACACAUGGGUUAUACCUGGGAGAGGGCACUUCAAUUGAGUAUCAAGGUAUCUCUUGGGACCAGAUGCAUAAUAACUUCCGUGGCGAAGCUAUCUACCAGGCAGAAACAGAAUCACAUUUCGCACACUUAACGGCUAGUGAUACCCUCUAUUUUGCUGCAAAAGCUCGUGCUCCAGCUAAUCGGUUCCCUGGUGUCAGUCGCAACCAAUAUGCGCUGCAUAUGCGAGAUGUUGUCAUGGCCAUGCUUAACCUCUCUCACACGGUAAACACCAAGGUCGGAAACGAAUACAUCCCUGGUGUGUCUGGUGGCGAAAGGAAGCGCAUUAGUAUCGCGGAAACCACUCUUAGUGGGAGUCCACUUCAAUGCUGGGACAACAGCACUCGGGGCCUUGAUAGUGCUACCGCUCGCACAGUUAUAGAGUCGCUACACCUAUCUACCAGAUAUUCCGGCACAACUGCAAUUGUAGCUAUAUAUCAAGCGAGCCAGGCUAUCUAUGAUAUAUUUGAUAAGGCAAUGGUGUUGUAUGAGGGGAGGCAGAUCUAUUUUGGGAAGACAACCCACGCUAAGAAAUAUUUUAUUGACAUGGGGUUUUAUUGCCCGGAGCGGCAGACAACGGGGGAUUUCCUCACAUCCAUGACUAACCCAGAGGAGCGAUUGGUACGUGAGGGAUUUGAGGCGGUUGUUCCACGUACACCCGACGAGUUCGCAGCAAGAUGGCAGCAGAGCCCCGAUCGCAAAGCGCUCCUCACGGAGAUAGAAGCGUACCAGAAGGAAUAUCCCUUGAAUGCACAGCCUCUUGAUCAGUUCAAUUCAUCUCUCAGUGCUCAGAAAUCAAAAUUUAACCGAGGCAAAUCCCCUUAUACGAUAUCCUACUGGAUGCAAAUAAGGCUUUGCAUAUGGAGAGGAGUUCAGCGGCUAAAGGGAGAUUUAUCCAUCACCUUGACAUCUAUCAUCGGCAAUAUUAUCAUGGCUUUAGUUGUGGCCUCUAUGUUCUAUAAUUUACCUAAUGACACCAGCAGUUUUUUCAGUCGUGGGGCGCUAAUCUUCUUCGCUAUCAUCCUGAAUGCGUUGGCAACCACUCUUGAGGUAUUGACUCUGUGGCAGCAACGACCAGUUGUGGAAAAGCAUCAUAAGUACGCGCUAUAUCGCCCAUCUGCUGAAGCGAUAAGCUCCAUCAUCAUUGACCUCCCAGCAAAACUAUGCGUCGCCAUCGCAUUCAACACGGUUUUGUACUUCAUCGCUAACCUACGCCGCACCCCUGGUCACUAUUUUGUGUUCCUCUUGUUUUCAUUCUCUAUUACCUUGACCAUGUCGAACAUCUUCCGUUUCAUUGCUUCGAUCUCGAGGACAUUUGCCCAGGCCUCUCCUCCAACGAUAGUAAUUGUUCUUGGAAUGGUUAUCUAUACAGGAUUCACUGUUCCUUUGCGAGACAUGGUUGUCUGGUUCCGCUGGAUAAACUAUAUUAACCCGAUUGGCUAUGCUUUCGAGUCGCUGAUGAUUAAUGAAUUUCACGACCGUUCAUUUCCAUGCACAACCUUUAUUCCCGCGGGACCUGGCUAUGGGGAUUUCGACAAUCAAUUCAAAAUUUGUGAGGGUUCGGGUGCUGUCGCAGGGAAUACCUUCAUCGACGGUGACAAGUUGCUGAAUACCUCAUAUGAGUAUUACGCCGAGAAUCUCUGGAGAAAUUUUGGAAUCAUCUGUGCCUUUUUCGUCUUUUUCCUUGUUCUAUACAUAGUCGCAUCAGAAUUGGUGAGCGCUAAGCCUUCUAAGGGUGAGGUUCUUGUAUAUCGCCGCGGCAAGAUUCCUCCAGGACUGGCUCAAAAGAGUGGGAGCAAGAGCAUGGAUGAUCCUGAGACAGGCAAGCAGGCCCACGAGAAACAAAGGAUUGAGCAAAAUCGAAGCGAAGAGGUUGCUUCAAUUGCCAAGCAAAUGUCUAUCUUCCAUUGGGAGAAUGUGUGUUAUGAUAUUAAAAUUAAAGGCCAAUCAAAGCGGCUCUUGGAUCAAGUGGAUGGCUGGGUAAAACCAGGAGCUUUAACGGCUCUAAUGGGGGUAUCUGGCGCGGGGAAAACAACUCUACUUGAUGUUUUAGCUAAUCGUGUCACAAUGGGGGUUGUCACAGGUGAGAUGUUAGUUGAUGGCCGUCUUCGUGAUGUAUCCUUUCAGCGGAAAACUGGAUAUGUGCAACAGGAUGAUUACCUACACACAGAAACUAGCACUGUCCGCGAAUCUUUGGUCUUCAGCGCUCUCCUUCGCCAACCAUCUACCACUCCACGUGUCGAGAAAAUUGCAUACGUCGAAGAAGUCAUCAAGCUUUUAGGCAUGCAAGAAUACGCAGAUGCGGUUGUUGGAAUCCUUGGAGUGGGCUUGAACGUAGAGCAACGAAAACGCUUCAGCAUCGGAGUCGAAAUCGCGGCCAAGCCAGACCUGUUACUCUUUUUUGACGAGCCUACGUCUGGACUUGAUAGUCCGACGGCCUGGUCCAUCUGCAAUUUGAUGCGAAAGCUUGCUGACCAUGGACAAGCCAUCCUGUGUACGAUUCACCAACCGUCAGCUUUUUUAAUGCAGACAUUUGACCAAUUGCUCUUUUUGGCCGCUGGAGGGAAAACUGUUUAUUUUGGAGACCUCGGGGAGAAUAUGAGCACACUGGUUGAAUAUUUCGAGAAAAAGGGAGCUUCCAAAUGUCCCCCUGAAGCAAACCCGGCCGAAUGGAUGCUGGAGGUCAUUGGUGCUGCUCCUGGCUCCCAUACCGAUAAAGACUGGCCAGAAAUCUGGAAGUCUAGCCCGGAGCGGGUUGAAGUGCGCCGUUCGUUAGCUGCUAUGAAGCAGGAAUUGUCCCAGAAAAAACGAGACUCUCAAGAAGAGGGAUACUCAGAAUUUGCAAUGCCGCUGUGGUAUCAAUAUCUGAUUUGCCAGCAACGGAUGCUUCAACACUACUGGCGCAAUCCAGUGUACAUUUACUCCAAAGCGUUUGUUGCUAUUCUUGCGGUACGCGAGCGCCCAUCAAAAACGUACUCGUGGAAGGCUUUCAUACUUUCAGCUGUCGUGGUAGAGCUUCCUUGGAACACCCUCAUGGCUGUCCCUGCUUUUUUCGCCUGGUACUAUCCGAUUGGGUUUCAGCGGAAUGCCGGGGAUGAUGUGGCAGGACGUAGCGGUACCAUGUUCCUCCUCAUAUGGAUCUUCCUCGUUUAUGGUUCUACAUUUGGUUCUAUGGUAGUUUCAGGAAUGGAUCUAGCCGAAACAGCUGGCAAUAUUAGCCAAUUGUUAUUCUCGAUGGCUCUCAUCUUCUGCGGUGUCCUUGCUACCCCGGAUGCCAUGCCAGGUUUCUGGAUCUUCAUGUACCGCCUCUCCCCGUUCAACUACUUUGUUUCCUCUGUCCUUUCCACGGGGAUCGCUGGUGUGGACAUCCAGUGUUCUUCCAUCGAGCUGUUGCGAGUCCCCCCUCCACCAGGAAAGACCUGCUUAGAGUACUUUCAACAAUAUAUGUCAUUCGCUGGUGGUCGUCUCCUCACCCCAGACAAAACUGACAUGUGUGAGUUUUGCACAGUCAUGACAACUGACGAUUACCUCAAGCAGGUCAACAUAUAUUUUGCAGACCGCUGGUUCAACAUUGGCAUUUUGUUCGCAUUCAUUGCUGUGAAUAUUGUUGGUGCAGUGUUUUUCUAUUGGCUUGUUAGGGUACCAAAGAUGGAAUGGAAGGCCAAAAAGUCAUAA